UGUAGAAUAAAGACUUGGUCAGAAGAACUUUUUACUCAUAAGAGAAAUGUCUUGGGGUAUUAGGGGUUAGAUUUAAAGGGUGAGGUUACAUUGUUUUAUUUGGAUGACAUUUCUUUUUUUGAAUAAGCAAAGGUUUUUUAAUCUGAGGACACCGCCUGCUUCAGGAAGUCAAGAUGUUUGCCGUGCAUUUAUUAUCGUUUUAUUUCACAAAGCUCAAGGAGGAUCAGAUUAAAAAGGUAGACCGAUAUCUGUAUGCAAUGCGGCUGUCUGAUGAUCAACUGGCAGACAUAUCAGCUCGGUUUCGUCUGGAGAUAGAGAAAGGACUGUCGCGUGAAAGCAACGCUGCCGCCACAGUGAAGAUGCUCCCGACCCACGUGUAUUCAACUCCAGAUGGCUCAGAGAAGGGAGAAUUUCUGGCACUGGAUUUGGGGGGUUCAAAGUUCAAGGUACUACAGGUGAAAGUUUCAGAGAAUGGGAAGAGAAGCGUUCAGAUGGAGAGUGAAACGUUUCCCAUCCCUGAAGAGAUCAUUAAUGGAAGAGGUUCAGAGCUUUUUGAUCAUGUGGCGGAAUCUUUAAAAGCAUUUCUACAGAAGCACAAUAUCAAUCAGAAGAGAAAACCUCUCGGCUUCACCUUCUCUUUCCCCUGUGCCCAGUCAAAAAUAGAUGCGGGGGUCUUACUGUCAUGGUCAAAAACGUUCAAGGCCAGAGGUGUUCAAGGAACAAAUGUGGUGCAGUCGCUGAGAAAAGCUAUUAACAAAGUUGGGGGUGUUGAUGUAGAUGUUCUGGCUAUGGUCAAUGACACAGUAGGGACCAUGAUGACCUGUGGAUAUGAUGACCAUAACUGUGAGGUGGGAGUUAUUAUAGGUACCGGCACUAAUGCGUGUUACAUGGAGGAGCUGAGACACAUUGACCUGGUGGAGGGAGAUGAAGGCAGAAUGUGUAUCAACACUGAAUGGGGAGCAUUCGGAGAUGAUGGUGUGCUUGAUGAUUUCAUCACAAAUUUCGAUCGUGAAAUUGAUGCUGCCUCUAUUAAUCCCGGCAAACAGCUAUUUGAGAAGAUGAUCAGUGGAAUGUAUAUGGGAGAGCUUGUGAGACUGAUCCUUCUGAAGAUGGCAAAGAAGGGUCUGCUUUUCAAUGGCCAAGUCACAGAUGAUCUCAGGACCAAGGGAAAAUUCCAGACCAACUAUAUCUGCUUGAUUGAACAGUCUAAAGAUGGUUUGGAGAACACCAGGAGCAUCCUGAAGCAGCUGGGACUUCAUCCCUCUGAUGAUGACUGCAUCGCUGUCCAGCACGUCUGCACCAUCGUCUCCUUCAGAUCAGCUAAUCUGAUUGCUGCCGCCUUGGCUGCCAUCCUCACGCGGAUCAGAGAAAACAAGAAGCUGAAGACCCUCAAGACCACUGUGGGAGUGGAUGGAACGGUCUACAGAACACAUCCACAGUACCCCAAAAGACUCCAUAAAGUGGUCCGACACUUGGUACCCGACUGUCAUGUGCGUUUCGUGCUGUCUGAAAGUGGCAGCGCUAAAGGUGCUGCAAUGGUAACUGCAGUGGCACAGCGGUUAGCAUCACAGCGGCAAGAGAUCGAUGACACCCUAGCGACUUUUGCCUUGACCUUCACACAGCUGCAGGAAGUGAAGGAGAAGAUGCGAAUUGAGUUGGAGCAAGGCUUGAGGAAAGAGUCUCACGCCACAGCUUCAGUGAAAAUGCUGCCCACGUAUGUUUACAGGACUCCAGAUGGAACAGAGAGAGGAAAGUUCCUUGCCCUGGAUCUCGGAGGUACCAACUUCCGUGUGCUGGUGGUUAAGAUACGUACCGGCAUGCGUAAUUCUGUCCGGAUGUACAACAAGAUUUAUGCCAUCCCACAUGAGAUCAUGCAAGGCACUGGAGAGGAGCUGUUUGACCACAUAGUUCAGUGUAUCUCAGAUUUCUUGGACUACAUGGGUAUGAAGAACACUCGCUUGCCUCUUGGCUUCACCUUCUCUUUCCCCUGCAGUCAGUCGGGUAUUGACCAGGGAUCUUUGGUCUGUUGGACAAAAGGCUUCAAAGCAACCGACUGUGAGGGGUCUGAUGUUGUGGAUAUGUUAAGAGAGGCCAUCAAAAGACGAAACGAAUUUGACCUAGAUAUCGUUGCUAUAGUGAAUGACACAGUUGGCACCAUGAUGACGUGCGCAUAUGAGGACUCUAAAUGCCAGAUCGGUCUUAUUGCUGGAACGGGCAGCAACGUAUGUUACAUGGAGGAGAUGAAGAACAUUGAGUUUGUGGAUGGUGAUGAAGGGCAGAUGUGUAUAAACACAGAGUGGGGGGGAUUCGGGGAGAACGAUAAUAUUGAGGACAUCAGAACCAGAUACGACAGAGAGGUGGAUGAAGGGUCACUAAAUGUGGGCAAACAAAGGUUUGAAAAGAUGACCAGUGGAAUGUAUUUGGGAGAGAUUGUGAGGCAGAUCCUCCUUGACCUUACAAAAAAAGGUCUUUUGUUUCGAGGUCGUAUCACAGAGCGCUUAAAGACCAAAGGCAUCUUUGAGACCAAGUUCCUCUCACAGAUUGAGAGUGACCGUCUGGCGCUACUGCAGGUGAGGUGUAUUCUGCAGCAGCUGGGUCUGGACAGCACAUGUGAUGACAGUAUUAUCGUGAAGGAAGUGUGUGGAGCUGUGUCCUGCCGGGCAGCUCAGCUAUGUGGAGCAGGAAUGGCUGCUGUUGUGGACAAAAUCAGAGAGAACCGUGGGUUGGAUCAUCUUGAGAUAACUGUGGGAGUGGAUGGUACCCUUUACAAGUUACAUCCACACUUCUCUGCAAUCUUGAAGGACACUGUCAAGCAGCUUGCACCUAAGUGUAAGGUGGAUUUCAUCCUGUCAGAGGAUGGCAGCGGAAAAGGGGCGGCACUGAUCACAGCUGUCGCACGGCAGCAUCAUAGAGAAAAACAAGAUGCUCACUAGACCCUCAGACAGCUGUUUUCAGAAGUCUUUUCCAGUACAAGAUGCAGUUUUAUUUCAAUAUUUGUAUAUAUAAAAAUGUGGCUUUAUGGGCAUUGGCAAAAAGUGUUAAUUUUAUUGUUGCUUUUGUUACUUUAUUUUGAGUGUUUCGAUUGGUUGCAAUAAAAUUUACAGCACCACAAGCCUGUUUGGGUCUCAUGUUAACUGUGUUGAGCAUCGUCCUGUUAUCUGUUCCAUGCUCACUGUACUCUGCAUUGCCUCUUGAAGGCCUUUCCCUCAUUUGCUCUCCUUUUGUUCAGACUCAGUGAGCGGUUGUGCAUGAACGGUCAGAAUGAAUGGUGCACAGUAGCCAAACCAGGGGGCGAUUUGCAGUGGAAUGUCAAGACAGUAUUUAGUAUCAAUUUUAUAUUUGAUAUGGAUCUACUUAAUAAACAAAAUUGUUUCUGGAUUAUAAAUAUAGUUUUACCAGAUUUUACUCCAAAAUCUGUUAGCAAAGCAUUACUAAGGGCGUGACUUAGUAUAGCGGCAACCUAGACCAAUUUGGAGUCAACGCCACGGUUACGUCACUGCCAGCUGCGCGCGCGUACUGGUUGCAGAAAAACAGUGGAAAUAAAGCAGCAAUGAGUUAAACGGAGGAGAAAAUUCCUUCAAAAACGUGUUUUUGUGUUGUUGAUUGUCAGAACGGGAAUGGCAAAUAUUAUGGUAUUAUUUCCUAUGGAAUACCGUCAUUGAAUAUGCCAUUUUAAACUAAACAAGUCAUUAAACGAACAGGCUGGACUGACAAAAUCAUCCGGAUAUGUGUUUAUUUUAUUUCAGGUAAGGUUUUCUAUAAUCUUUCUAAGUCUAACUAUUUUGUAUACCGUACCGUGUAAUUCUCUAGUCGUUAUAAAGGCUAUCUCUUACUGUUUUUUUCUGCAACCAAGAUGCGUGCGCAUCCCGAAUGUUUACAAACUUAUAAUUAGCCUAUUCACCUUUUUCGCAAUGCGCGAAAUUACCCAUUAUGCCAAGACUUCCGGUUCGCCUCUUGAUCCCAUUAGUUAGGCAUUACCAAGUUAGCUUGAAAGCUUUUAAACGGACAUAAUACUUUUAUGUAUUGGAGACAUCUGGAUGCUUCAGUGUGACUGGUUUUGGUAUGUCAUGUAGCGAUACAGCUCCUGUGUUGUUAAAUGUGCCUUUAGUUUAUAUAUAGAGCUACAAUACUGACUUGGCCAAACAUACACUUAAAUAAAUUACAUACAAAUUACUUUUAAAUAGU